GUGAGCAGCCAGUGAAGCAUCCAGCCUGCCGAACAAGCUUGCUUUUGGGGUCAGGAACUGGUCUGACAAGAGAAUGGCAACCCUGCCUUUAAACUGUCAUUAGGACUGUACGGUUGACGAUGAAUCUACCAGCACUCCAGGCCCAAAGGCGAAACAUUGAGCAAGAGAAUGUGAAGACAUAUUUCAGGACAUUGUGAGUGCUACUAAAGAUGUCUGAUAGUGUUGAUAUUGAAGAGAAACCACCAGCCCCUCCCUUGAGAAUGAACAGUAGUUCCCGAGACUCUUCAUCAGUGAAUCACGCAUCUAAACCGCUUCCAAUGGCUCCUGAAGAGAAAAACAAGAAAGUCCGCCUGCGCUCCAUCUUCCCCGGGGGAGACAAGACAAACAAGAAGAAGGAGAAGGAACGUCCUGAGAUUUCCCUACCUUCAGACUUUGAACACACCAUUCAUGUGGGCUUUGAUGCUGUAACAGGAGAAUUCACAGGUAUACCAGAGCAGUGGGCGCGGCUCCUACAGACCUCGAACAUCACAAAGCUAGAGCAGAAGAAGAACCCACAGGCCGUGUUGGACGUCUUAAAGUUCUACGACUCCAAAGAGACCGUCAACAACCAGAAAUACAUGAGCUUCACCUCGGGAGACAAGUCAGCACAUGGGUACAUAGCAGCAAACACUCUGAACCGACUGCUGUCAUCUGGGCCUCCUGUCAGCCUUAGAACCUGCAGCGCAUUAUUUGACAAGGGUGCCAAAACGUCAACAACAGAACCCCCAAUUGCUCCACCUGUGUCAGAGGAGGAGGAUGAAGAGGAAGAGGAGGAAGAAGAGGAAGAGGAAGAGGAGGAGGACGACGAUGAAGUGCCCCCUGUCAUUGCACCCCGACCUGAACACACCAAAUCUAUCUACACACGCUCUGUCAUGGAUCCACCAAAGCCUCCCACCCCCGUGAAAGAGGUGCUGACUCCACCAGAGUCUCAGGUUCAGCCGGAGAACACAUCCAACACAAUGUAUCGUCACACUGACCGGCAGAGGAAGAAGUCCAAAAUGACAGAUGAGGAGAUCUUGGAGAGACUCAGGAGCAUUGUGAGUGUGGGGGAUCCCAAAAAGAAGUACACACGCUUCGAGAAAAUAGGACAAGGAGCGUCUGGCACUGUGUACACCGCUAUCGACAUAGCAACUGGCCAAGAGGUGGCCAUUAAACAGAUGAACCUGCAACAGCAGCCCAAGAAAGAGCUGAUCAUCAAUGAGAUUUUGGUGAUGAGGGAAAACAAAAACUCCAACAUAGUGAACUACCUGGACAGUUACUUGGUAGGAGAUGAGCUCUGGGUGGUGAUGGAGUACUUGGCCGGAGGGUCGUUGACAGAUGUAGUGACUGAAACCUGCAUGGACGAGGGCCAGAUCGCUGCAGUCUGCAGAGAGUGUCUUCAAGCUUUGGACUUCCUGCACUCUAACCAAGUGAUCCAUAGAGAUAUAAAAAGUGACAACAUUCUCUUGGGCAUGGACGGAUCUGUAAAACUCACCGACUUCGGCUUCUGUGCCCAGAUCACUCCAGAGCAGAACAAGCGCAGCACAAUGGUUGGAACCCCCUACUGGAUGGCACCAGAGGUGGUGACCCGGAAGGCUUAUGGCCCAAAAGUGGACAUUUGGUCUCUGGGAAUCAUGGCGAUAGAGAUGGUAGAGGGAGAACCACCUUACCUGAACGAGAAUCCACUCAGGGCGCUGUACCUGAUAGCAACCAACGGGACUCCUGAGCUGCAGAACCCAGAGAGGCUGUCAUCUGUGUUCAGAGACUUCCUCAACCGCUGUCUGGAGAUGGAUGUGGACCGCAGAGGCUCUGCCAAGGAGCUGCUUCAGCAUUCCUUCCUCAAGCUGGCGAAGCCUCUUUCCAGUCUGACACCCCUGAUUGUAGCUGCGAAGGAAGCCAUAAAGAAUAGCAGUCGCUAGGGUGUGCUCUCUGUCCACACCCAAGGCUGGAACCCUGUCUGUGACGUGUUGCGCUCAUGGCGGCAGGGGCUUGGGUGUAUGGGUGGUGGGUGACAUGACAGCGACAGCACAAGGAGGGGUUUGUGUGACUUAUCAUGUCCGCACAAGGACAAAAGACCCCCGGGCCUCAUAUGUAGGACGGACGGACACCUGGCCUUGCAGCCUCUUGGCCCAUGCUGCUGAAAAGACCUUGUCUCCUCGUUUACUUCUCCAGCACUCUGUACAUGUAGAGCAGUCCAUCACUAUUAUGUGAGUGUGUGUGAGUGUGUGUGUGUGUGUGUGUGUGUGUGUGUGUGUGUGUGUGUGUGUGUGUGCGUGCGUGUGUGUGUGUGCACAUGUCCUUGUGUCAUGUGUCUUGGUUGGGAGGCCGUCGCCGCCCAAUCCCCCCCAAACCGAAAAAAAAAAAAAAUAAUAAUGAUAAUUGAAAGGAAAGUGUGCUCAUUUUCAAGCAGAACAAGAAGAAUCUAUAGAGGAGGGGACAAAACACAAAACUGAAGAGCCUGUGAUUCCUUCCUCUAGUCAUUUCACGGGUCAGGUCACACCUGCGCCUGCAGUGGCCGGGCUGAUGUGCGAGAGUGACUCUGGACCCAACCUUUGCCUGCAUGACUAUGGCUGUGUGGAGCAACAUUGCAACUCCUUUGCAGAUUGUCAGAUUUUGUGUACGUGCUCGUGUGAAUGUGAGUAGGGGGGUGCAGCUACAGGGAAACAAGUCAGGAGGAAUUUCAAAUAACCCAUGCCAGCUUUGAACAUCCUUCAACAAUCCACUUCAUACCUGUGAACAGUGUCUCCUAUUUAAACUGAACACAUGCCGGUUUGCUGCAGUUAAUGCAUGGGUUUCCUCUGUGAAAUGGAACAUCAUAACACAGCUUCUGGUUUUUCUGUUUCCUGUUUAGUCACUGUCUGUUUGUACAUGGUGCAACACAUAUUUAAAUCAAUCUCUGAAUACAUCCGUGGCAGAAGUGAUUAGAAUGACUAAAAGCUUUUUCUUUUUAAUCUACAGUAAGUUGGAAGUCCAGUGCCCAAAACAUCUGUGUGUUUGCAGCCUUAAGUAUCAUACAAAAAGACAACAACAUGCUUCUCUUUAAUAGAAAAAUAAUAAUGAAAAGUUAAAAUGCUUUGUAAGUGAGUCUGUUAAAUACCAGUCAUUAAAAUGCAGAAACUGCACAACAUGGAGGAGGAAUGCAUGAUAUGCCUUUCACUAUACGUGUGGAUUGAAUGGAAGGCCGUCAAAGAUCUGGUCUGCCUGUUCAGUUCAGUACUACAACGGUAUCACAGGACAUGCCGCUCCCCUCUUCCCCCUUUAAACUGCUGCUCAUUCAAGCUUUCUUCUGAACUGUGUCUUAUUUCUUUUUUGUCUUUUAUUUAUUUAUUUUUUCCAAACUGGCCCUUUACAUUUUGUAGUUAGCUUUUGGACGAUUGAAGAGAAGGAAUGUUAUCCAGUGAGUGAAGUAGAGAGCGCCACUUUAUGAUUGUACCUUGCCCUGUGUGAGCGCUGAAAGCAGAGGCACGUUGUUCUCUAACAUUCCUUCCGUACCUGGUCAGAGUUUGAAGUGUACACAAGUUGUCUUUUAGUUUCAGUGUCUUGUAGCUCAGUCAGGCCUUUCCCGUGUAGCGUUCCCCUGUGUGUGAGUGAGUGUGAUCGGUGUUGUGUGUGUGUGUGUGGGGGGGAGGGCUACCUCAGUCUGCACUAGAAGACGCCUCACUCGUGUUGUCCACCUUGACUCCGAGGUGCUGGGUAGCUGCUUAGUCAUAUCGUACCUCCAUUGUACAGCAAAUGUACAGAAGAUGAAGGAGUGGUGUUAGACAGGAGGAUGCAACAGAACUCAUGCAUGUAAAACAAACUAUACACUGUAUCUCAUCUUCAAAUAGGUUAAGAUUGUUAGGAUAUGUAUGUAUGUAUGUAAAUAUGAUGGGAAACCCCUCUUUUUUCAGAACUGUGUAACUUAAAAUGACAAUAUUCAGGUUGCUCUAUGGUAUGUAUCAAUAAAUGUUUUGCACCCUGGAAACGAAAAAAGA